CAGAACAAAACUUUCCACAUCCCAGUGUGCUUCGUUCGCUCAGUUCACGUGUUUGGGUUUAUCACAGAUUCACACACGCACACUCUCGCUCCCCCGCUAUCGUUUGUUUCGCCGACAUGGAUCGUGUGAUGGAUCGCGAAUCAGUGAUCGAGUUUCUCGGACAAGUACCCCUCUUGCAGAGGCUUCCGAGUUCUUCCCUUAGGAAGAUUGCAGAUCUCGUCCGUGUGAAGCACUACGGUAGUGGAGAUUAUGUAGUCCAUGAGGGGGAAGUUGGUGAAGGCCUUUACAUCAUCUGGGAUGGCUUGGCUGAAGUUUCUGGAUCUGUUAAUUCAGAGGAAGGAAACCGUCCAGAGUUUCAAUUGAAACAACAUGACUACUUUGGAUAUGAUGGUUCUGUCCAUCAAGUGAAUGUCAUUGCCUUGUCUAAGCUAACCUGUUUACUACUUCCGCAUGGAAACAGAAAUUUACUGCAGCCAAAAUCAAUAUGGAACGCUGAUGGAACUCCAGAAGAUUUUUCUCUUGUUGAACAUAUCUUACUUCUAGAGCCCCUUGAGGUGGAUAUAUUUCGAGGAAUUACAUUGCCUGAUGCUCCAUCUUUUAGGCAAGUUUUUGGAGGACAGUUGAUUGGACAGGCAUUAGCGGCAGCAUCAAAGACAUUAGAUUGUCUUAAGCUUGUGCACAGCUUGCAUGUCUAUUUUAUUGUGGCUGGUGAUAACAAUGCGCCAAUAAUAUAUCAAGUUUAUCGUGCACGAGAUGGAAAUAGCUUUGCUACUAGAAGAGUGGAAGCUAAACAACAUGGCAACGUGAUAUUCACUUUACUUGCUUCAUUUCAGAAAGAAGAGGUAGGUUUUGAACAUCAAGACGCGUCGAUGCCCAAUGUUCCUGCUCCAGAGACCUUACCAUCAAUGGAAGAGCUACGAGAGAAACGGCUCACUGAUCCUCGUCUUCCCAUACACUACCGAAAUGAUGUUGCUAGAAGAAAAUUUGUUCCUUGGCCUAUCGAGCUAAGAUUUUGUGCAUCAAACUCCGCAAGACAAACGAAAACAAGAUUGAACUAUUGGUUUAGAGCAAGAGGGAAACUUUCAGAUGAUCAAGCUUUGCAUAGAUGUGUUGUGGCCUAUGCUUCAGAUCUCUUGUUCUCUGGUGUUAGCCUAGAUCCUCACAGGCAGAAGGGUCUCAAGACUGCGUCACUCAGUCUGGAUCACUCGUACGUUUUGAGAUUCUUUACCUUAAAAAGCCUAUGUAUUCCCCGUGUUGAUUGCUAUUUUUUGUGGAUUGCUUAAAUUUCAAACCAGUUU